AUGGAGAGUCCGCUACCUCAGAAGACACUCGAAGACCGCAUAAUAUACCUGUCGCGGAACGACUUUGGUUUCAAUCCCAAUAAUAUGGGAGCGCCUGUGAUAACUGACUUUGGCCUUGCGGUGCCUGGAGAGGGCCGAAUCCACAACCAUUGUAUUCAACCCGAUGGCUACCGCGCGCCUGAAGUACUACUUGGCGCAGGCUGGGGUUAUAGUGCUGACAUAUGGAAUUUGGGUCUUUUGCUCUGGGAUCUCCUUGAGGAUCACGGUUUGUUUUUCGACCCGCAGACUCCUCAAUAUUCAGAUGAGCGAUAUUUGGCCCGCAUCAUCGCUAUAUUAGGCCCCCCACCACCCGAACUUCUCGCCCAGGGGAAGGAAACUUCACAGUAUUUUGAUGACGAAGGGAAAUUUAAGUUUACAGAACUAGUUCCUGAUGGUUUGCGUCUCGAAGAUCUGCUUGCCAACGUUGAGGGUCAAGAAAAAACCAUGUUCGCGAAAUUUAUUCGACGAAUGAUUUGUUGGAAACCGGAGGAUCGUAGCACUGCCAAAGAACUCUUCACGGACCCUUGGUUGGACGGAACUGGGUUGUGCUCGGGGCUUCGAAUUUCCGCGCCGCCAAAGUUUGUCAAGACGACGUGGUUCAGCACCGGUCGUCAACGCAGAUUCAAUAUAGCAGAAUCGAACAAGAUGAGCCCUCAGGCUGAACAGUCGAAAAGAAAAGAAAACACCAAGCGUGUCAACGGAAAGCGAGGAAAACCAAGUCCAAAUAAAUCCCAGCCCAAAAAGGUAGCGCACAAUGUCCCUCCGCCCAGGGAGCAAUUUCUCAGCUCGUCUCUUCCCACACCCCUUCAGCAGCUCAUCUUAAACAUUUUCAAAUCCGCUCUUCUUCCUCAACAGUCCAGCUCUGAAGCACAGUCUCUCUUUGCAUCCUUAACCGAGCACAUUCAAGCCAUCAAGGCACAUCUUUACCAAAGGGACUUUGUGAAAGCAUUUGCGGAGGCCGAUGAGCAUGCAUUGAGGGCUUAUGCACUGAGGUGGAGCGCUGGGCGGGCUCUGGGGUACGCAGCCGUGUUCCGGGGCUUGAAGGAGCUCCUAUUCCGGGAUGGGCAUGUCCACGUUUUGUGUGUUGGUGGUGGCGCCGGAGCUGAAAUUAUGGCACUGGCGGGGGUUUGGAGAGCUCUAUGGGAGGAGGAGCAAGAGACGAGUCUGAGUGAGCGGGUCUCUGGGCUGGAUUUGGAGGGUGCUGGUGUGAGUGACGGCCAGAGCUGCAAGGAGCGUCUGGUUACGAGCAGUUUUCCUAAGCUCAAUGCGACAGCGAUUGAUAUUGCGGAUUGGUCUGGCGUUGUCGCCUGCUUGUCCGAUGGUAUGAAAUCAAAGCUAGUGCCAUCUAUGAAAGACUACCCGGCUCCAUUACUCCCGGAUGAUGGUGAAACUGAGCGUUUUGCCGUCAAGUUCGCGAAAGAAGACGUGUUGGGUCUUUCAGAAGAUGACCUUACGCAUCUUCUAUACCCACCCAUUAACCGAGAAACGGUUUCUACAAGUACUCUUGUCACUCUUAUGUUUACUCUUAACGAACUAUUUUCUACUUCGAUACCCAAGACAGUAUCUUUCCUCCUCCGGUUAACAGAUAUCCUUAAAGCUGGGGCAGUAUUACUUAUCGUCGAUAGCCCUGGCAGCUACUCUACGGUCUCCCUAGGCUCAAAGGACCCGGCUGAAGUGAACGAGUCGUCUCAAAGAAAAUAUCCCAUGCGAUUCCUUCUCGAACACACGCUGCUCUCUGUCGCGACUGAGAAGUGGGAGUGUAUGCUUUGUGAUGAGUCGCGAUGGUUUCGAAGGGAUAAAGACGCCUUGGUGUACGAUGUGGGCGAAGGGAUUGGGCUAGAGGAUAUGAGAUACCAGAUCCACAUUUAUCGCAGGCUCUAA